GGGCGCUUCUUGGGGCCAUCUUGGAGGAAAUCGAUCAAAGAAGAGGGGAGCUUUUAUCCGUAGCCAUUUUGGCUCAAGUUUUGGGAUUAGUGCCCUUUGACAUGGAGUAUUAGACAGACUGACUUUCCGCACGAGCUAGGUGCCAAGCCGAUCUCUCCAAUGAUCGUGCCAGACUUAUCUGAUAUUGUCCACCAAGUGGAGCUCAUUUCCAUUGCGGCCUGCGCCGCUAUGCUGCUGGGGCGCCUGGCUUGGCAGUUGUGGACCGAGGGCGCCUCAAGGUCUUGGUUUCACGAUUACUAUGUUCGAUUGCUCGCGUUCUCUACAGUCGUCAGGACGGUCAUUCUUGGGAAAGACGGCACUCAACAAUCUGUUCACAAGCGCAAGCAAUCCAUCAGGCUUGCCAUGUCACGGAGAAGCUACCAGUUCUUUUGUGUCGCAGCCGUCGGGGUAGUUUUCCCGAUCUUUUCUUCCCCGCAGAUGACCGCCCGCAUACCGUUCCCAGGCGCUUGCAUUAUGCUUUCUCUGGGGUGAUAGUUGUGUCAGUCAAUGUGUUUCCUAGCUUGUUGACCCCAUCACGACUUCAUGUAUGGUAUUCCCUUCUGUCACUCUCACAUGCGAUUUCUCUGUCACCGCUGCUGCAAUUCGCGGAAUCGAUCAGCCCCCUCAAGUUUCAAAUAGUGUAUGAUUGCGUAAUGUACUGCAUGAUUGACUUCAGCCUUCCAGCGAAUUUGUUUUGGACGACACUCUGCUAUCUGUCCGCUGCGUCCACAGCGCUUGCUGGCAAAUCCAAUGGCAUGCCGUGCCACGACCCUAAAACCACAAAUGACGUGUUUCUUGCUUGGAUUGGGGUCGUUGUAUCUUUGGUUAUGUUGCACGUCGUGUUCUCAAUGGUGGUCAAUGCCCUCUUAGAGGCUCAAGCAUGUCGGAGCGAGUUGCGCGCCGCAAAGUCGAUCUGAGCAGGCGUUUGUGACGCCGUGGUCGAGCUCGAUGCCAAGCUGAUGCUCGUGCGGCCUUCCAAAAAGUUCGCGGCUUUGUUAAUGCAUAGCGAGCCUCGAUCUUUGGCGGGAGUGAGUAUAUCGUCUUUUUUUGCCGCAGAGGCCGAUCUCGAACAAUUUGCCGAACACGUAACCUCCAGUACUGCGUAUGAUGAUUUCUGCACGGCUUUUCACGUCAAAUUGCGGGACACUUGUGGCAUCUCUGUGUCGGUGGAAGUUUUCUGCGUGCGCUUCCGUAGUGGUGAUGAAAAGGAGUUGUACCUUGUCGGCUUUCGAGAAUUCGCGGACCUGCCUCCACCAAGGACGCACCCGAGAGUGCCGACAAUGCCUAGUGCUGAAAUGAACAUGGAUGUUCAGAGCUGGGGUGCGUCGCACGAGACUGAACACGGUGAUUCUGGCACCAAUUCUGAAGGGGAGUCUGGCGUAUCGUCUUCUAUUUCCGAGGUUGCUGUUUGGGUCGACGGUAUGUCACCAGGGUUAACCAUGUUGCGUUGCACCACUGCCUUCGAGAUGUUAGUUGGCAGCUCUUGGGCGCACAUCUGUGCCACCCAGAGAACUCUUCUGCCAUGUACUCGGCCAGAUCAGCGAAAUGACUUGAAGUGGUGGGUUCGUCAUGCCUGCGAGGAGUCCACUAGACUCGAGCUGCCCGCUGUGGACGGGGUGAGUUUCCGUUUCAGUAAGCAGCAUCAUCGUAUGCGUUUCGCCAUCGAGAAUUCGCUGAGAGUGUCCGUGGAUCCGCCAGGCGGCGAGGACUGGACUGAGGGCCUGGACCGACCUUCGUGCGUGGUAAAGCUGGUUCUCGAGAACUCCAAGUGGAUCCAGGAUCAGCGUUGGACCAGGCGCGUCAGCGCGCCCGUGCGCUCUCACGCCCCUUUGUCAGCAGGCGUCCUCGAGUCGGAUGGCGCUGGCGCGGCCGCGGCCGCGGCCCCGGAGGACGCCGGCAACACCCUGACCCCACCGCGACUCAUCGACCAGGCGGCACAGUCGGUGGUAACGAGCGGGCCGCGUCUCGAGGCCCCCGCGGGCGCUGGCGCGUCUCCGCCUGAGGCUGACAGCGCCCAGAGGUCAGACAGCAUGGGGAGCCGCGCGACUGGUGGCGGGUCGAUCUCGUCGCUCUGACUUGCAGUGUUGGCUGGGGAGUGGAGGACGGG